CGGCGAUGUGAGCCAUGAGCGCGACGUGGACGCUGUCCCCCGAGCCGCUGCCGCCAUCGACGGGGCCCCCGGUGGGCGCGGGCCUGGACGCGGAGCAGCGCACCGUGUUCGCCUUCGUGCUGUGCCUGCUCGUGGUGCUGGUGCUGCUGAUGGUUCGCUGCGUGCGUAUCCUGCUCGACCCCUACAGCCGCAUGCCCGCCUCGUCCUGGACAGACCACAAGGAGGCGCUCGAGCGCGGGCAGUUCGACUACGCGCUGGUCUGAGUGGUGCGGCGCCCUCGGCCGGCCCUCCGCGGGGUCUCUCUCCCGGGGCCGAUCCGACGGUGCGCCGCCGGGCCUGGACCGCGCUCAGGAUCCUGCCCCCGAGCCCGCAGCCCGAGGGGGGAGGGCGUCAGGAGAAGUCCAACCCCUCCCCCCUCACACCCCUCCCAUCUUCCCUCCUGGCCAGGCCGGAGCCCCACUUCGUGCCUUUAUCCCGCCCUGUCCUCUCUCCGUAACUCACCGGCCCCCCCCCCCCCC